CCCGGGGCCACAGGGCCUCCGCGUGAGCUGCGUGCCGGAGAGCCGGAGUGAGGCCGACUCACCAGAGGUGGCAGCAACAGGCCAGAUUCACUCUCUAGUCUCCUCCGGAUGCGGCCAAGCUGGUUUCCCACCGACUUUCAUUCGACACGGCACAGACAGGGACUGGGGUGAAAAGCCAUAAAGAUGGCGCUGGCUGUUCGUCUUUUGCCCCGCUUGCUGCUCGCUCCGCCGCUGCCCGGCGGGGCCGGCCGACCCCGGACUCCCCGUGGAGCCGAGGUGAGACCGCCGUUGGCUGAACUCUGCCGCUUCUGCCGCCGCCGCCUCGGCUCCGGACCGGUCCCGCUUCCUCGAGUCACUUGGGCCUCGGCGCUGCCCGCUCGGGGCCCGCAGCGUCCCCUGCUCAGCCCUCCGGGACUACCCGCAGCCCUCUCCGCUUUCCCUGCCUACCCCCGGCGCAGCUACAGCGCCGAGGAGCAGCCCCAGCCGCGCCAGAAAACCAAGAUGAUCAUUCUGGGAUUCUCCAACCCCAUCAACUGGGUUCGGACUCGAAUUUACGCUUUCCUGAUCUGGGCCUAUUUCGACCAAGAGUUCAGCAUCGCAGAAUUCUCUGAGGGAGCGAAGCAGGCUUUUGCUCAUGUGUCCAAGUUGCUGUCACAAUGCAAAUUUGAUCUAUUGGAAGAACUUGUGGCCAAAGAGGUGCUACAUGUAUUGAAGGAAAAGGUUACUUCAUUACCUGAUAACCAUAAAAAUGCCCUUGCUGCUGACAUAGAUGAAAUUGUAUACACAUCAACAGGAGACAUCUCCAUUUACUAUGAUGAGAAAGGAAGGAAGUUUGUUAACAUCCUGAUGUGCUUUUGGUAUCUAACCAGUGCCAACAUCCCCAGUGAAACUUUAAGUGGAGCCAGUGUAUUCCAGGUUAAAUUGGGGGAUCAGAACGUGGAAACUAAACAACUUCUUAGUGCAAGCUAUGACACCAGUGAAUGUGGUUGUUUUCUGGGGUCUGCUUGGACCAGGUGGCUUCAACAGUCUCUACCAAAUGUCCUUCCGGCAGUGGAACUGCUUUUUCCUGUGUGGCCUGAGAACCUCCCGGACCCCACUCUGUUCCUGGGGAUUCGCCCUUCCCACCAGAGCACCACCAGGUAUCGAGCUGCAGAGCUGCAGCCUUUGCGAUCCCCUUGUUUACAGUCUUAAUGGAAUUUAAACCCCCUCCUUUCUCCUUUCUCCCUUUUUAGUUUGGUCCCUGUGGCUGUUUCCAAUUUUCCACUUUCUCUCCAGCUGCUUUUGGGGAGGGGUGCUUUUCUUGUCUUCUCUCCCCCCGACCCAGUCUCCAUCCUCUCUCCGCUUGCAAAAGCACCUCCCUUCUGUGCCUUCUCGCUCCCCAAGUUCACUUCUCCGCACCGGGUGCCUGCUGAAUUCUGUGGUUCAGUUUGUGCAGAUUGUUGUGUUAAUCCUCCAGUUUUCUAGGUGUGCAGGAUGGUUUAGUGUUGGUCUGGCUGUAUUUCAUGGAUGGGAGACACACAAAAAAACUUCCAUGCUGUUCCCUUUCAGUAUCAUUUCUAAUGUUACCUAUAUUAUGUAUAUACAUAAGCUAAUUUUAUAGACAGUAAAGAAGGUAUUGAAAAAACUACACAUUUCUAAAUUAAUAGUCCUUAAAUAUUUUGUGGUUAAUACAUCUAUACCAAUAAUUCAAGUAUGUCUAAGAUUUAUUUUUAAAAAUCACUGCUGCUAUUUGAUUACCUCUGUUCACUAGCUAGUUGAGAAGGACUAGAUGGAAUUCUGUAUCGGUCACUGCAGAACUAAAGAUCAAUGAAGUUGAAGCUUACUACAAGCACCAAGAGUAAAAUAUUACAACAGUGCCUCAGCCACCUCUGGGAUAAUAUCAGGUCUUCUAACAUUCUUGUAUUUCAAAUCCUAGAAGCUGGGGUAGGGGAGACAAAAACAAUGUAAGAAAUAAUGUCUGAAAAUUUCCCUAAUUGAUGAAAACUAUAAACUCACAGAUCCAAGAAAUUCAACAGGAAGGGUGACAUAUAAAGAAAACCUCUCUAAGGUAUACCAUGAUCAAACCAGAGAAAAUUGUAAAGCAGCUGGAGAAAAAAAAAAGGAUACAUUCCAUACAGAGAAUGACUAUAUAUGUCUUUUCUCAAAGUGGAAAUUAGAGACCUUGGUAUAACAUCUUUAAAGUGCUUAAAGAAAAAGCCUGGCAACCUAAAUUAUAUAUUCAGCCAAAAUAUCCUUCAGAAAAGGUGAGAAAAGACUUUUUCAGGCAGGGAAAAGAUGAGUAAAUUUGUUGCCAGUAGACCAGCACACCUGGUUUAUAAGAAAUGUUAAGGACCAAUGCACAGAAUGGAGUUCAGAAAUAGAUCCAUGCCUAUUGGACAUUUGGUUUUUGACAAAAGUGCGAAAGUAAUUUAGUAAGGAAAAGGCAGUCUUUUUUUUUUUAAGUUUAUUGAUUUUUGAGAGAGAAAGAGCAUGCAUGUGUGUGCAUACGAGUGGGGAAGAGCCAAAGAGGGGACGAGAACCCCGAUGUGGGGCUUGAUCCCAUAAACCAUAAAAUCAUGACCUGAGAUGAAAUCAAGAGUGGGACGCUUAACUGACUAAGCCACCCAGGCACUCUGAAAGGUAGUCUUUUUAACAAAUGGAAAAAUUACAUAUUCAAAUGGGAAAUAAAGCUCAACUUUUGCCUCACACCAUACGUAAUUUUAGUACAAAAUUGAGAUUGUGAAAUGGGUCAUAGACUUAAAUAAAAGCUAAAACUCUAGAAAUUCUAGAGAGAAAUUGAAUUUUGAAAUCGCUUUCUUUUGAUAGACAAAGAUUUCUUAAGACACACAAAGCAUGAACCAUGAAGAAAAAAAUAAUUGGAAUAUAUUAACAUUAAAACUUAUGCUAUAUUUGGGAUAAAUAUAUUCGACAAAAGACUUAUACUUGGAAUAUAUACAUAAUGCUUAUAGGUCCAUAAUGAGCUAAAUAUUGAGCAGGGAAAAGCUCCAGCCUAAUUCCAAGCCCCUGAGGCUUCCAGGUAUCCACUGGAACUCCCUGCUGGCUUCAAGGCUGCACAAAAGGCAAAGGGCCCACCUUCAGGGCUGAUGUGCCAGGUUAUUCCUGGGGUCAGAACAUCCUCAUGGAGCAAGAAAGAGGCCUUCUUCCAACAACCUCCAGUUAAAAUCUGUCCUGGCCUCUUAUAGAAACCCACUAAAAGCAAACAUGUUGUAUGACCACGGGGAAUCACCAGGAAGGCUCUCUCCAGUUAUCUAAACUGCAAGAGAGAUCUCACCUAAUAAAGGCUUUAAGGAAAUUUAAAAAAACAAAAAAAUGUCAAUGGAUGUUCCAUGAAAGACAUUAAAAUUGCCAAUAAACACAUAGAAGGAUGUGCUACAUCCUUAGUCCAUAGGAAAAGAAAACCACAUGGAGAUACCACUACAAACCCACCAAAUGGCUUCAAGAACAAAAACUGCCAGUACCAAAUAUUGAUGAAGAUCUGAAGCAGCUGGAUCUCUCUAACAUUGUCAGUACUCAAAAUGGUACGGCCAUUUGGAAGGUAUUUUGGCAGUUUCUUAUAAAGUUAAACAUGUGCUUACCAUAGGAUCCAGCAGUUUUAUUCCUAGGUACUUAUCCAAGAGAUGUGAAAAUAUACAUCUACACAAAGUGUUGAAUGUUCAUAACAGCUUUUUUCUUAAUGACUCCAAACUGGAAAGACCCCCAAAUGUUCAGUAGAUUGAUGGAUAGACAAUCGAGUGAAGGAAGCCAGAUACAAGAGAGGACUAACUGUAUAAUUAUAUUUCUGUGAAAUUCUAGAAAAGUUAAAACAUGUUCAUUGCAGCAUUAUUUACAAUUGCCAAGGUAUUAGAUUGGGAGCCAGUUAUUUUAUCUAAAGGGACAUAAGUUUGGUUUGAUUUCUAGCUAGUUUACCAUUUAAAGCUCUUUGAAAAUGUUCAGCUACAUGUUAGAACUCUCCAAAUUGGCAAAUUUCCAUUUCAUUGUACUUUUUUUUAUUAAAUCCCCUAUUUUAGGUGUGAGCCCAGUCAUGCUAAGAGAACAAAGUUCCUUUCUUUCAGGUGGUGGGUGUACUCUGUCCACUCUGUUUAAAAGUUUCCUGAAAUUUAUUUUUAAAGUCUGUUAUUAAUUUAUCAUCACUUCCUUUACAAUUUUGGAUCUGCCUUCAAUUAUCCAUAACAGAAAAAUGACAUGUCCCUAUGUAGUGCAAUUCAUAUAUAUUUUUUCCCCUUUCGAAGCCAUUUUCUUAUGCACAGUUGGGUUAUUUAAAUCUCCUCCUGCUGUCCCCCAUCCUGCUGCUUUUAAUCAUUUUUUUGCUUUUUGAGAGGCUAGAAAUUAAGCAAGCUAACUGUAUAAAUUAGAUAGCCAGGGAAGAUACAUAUACAGUAAAACCUUGGAUUGCAAGUAACUUGUUCUGCGAGUGUUCCGCAAGAGGAGCACACAUUUCUGGGGCACCUAGGUGGCUCAGUGGGUGAAGCAUCUGACUUUGGCUCAGGUCAUGAUCUCACCAUUCUUGACUUUGAGCCCUGCAUCGGGAUCUGUACUGACAGCUCUGAGCCUCUCCAAGCCUGUGUCUCCCUCUCUCUCUGCCCCUCCCCCACUCAUGCUCUCUCUGUCUCUCAAAAAUAAACAUUUAAAAAAAAGAUGAACAAGCAUUUAUAGUAAAUUUUAACUUGAUAAAUGAGCAAUGACUUGAAUUACAAGCAGUAUGUGACGUCCAAUGUCACAUGAUCACAACUGGGCCAAUGGUUCUCUCUCUCUCUCUCUCUGCAGGAUUGUGGGUGAUCGUCUCCUAUGCUUGGAUGCUCAGUCUCAGGGUAUGGUGUUUGGCAGAAAUUAAUGAUUUUUCACAACGUUGGAAGGUGCCCACAACUGGCACCAGUGUAAUUUUUGUCACUUCAAAGCACAUAUGGAGAGUCCUUUCUUUUUCCAUGCAAGAGUAAGCUUAGGAAUGCUUUGCUUCAUUCUAGGUCAGGCUGUCUAGAGAUAUAGACCCUUUCCUCUGCUGUCUUAUUGCCAGUUACAUUAAAUACAGUAUAUUACAAGAGUUUAUUAGUAAGUACUGUAGUCAACAUCUGUGCAAGCGAAUAUAAUGGCCCCAUGCAGAAAAAAGAUUCCAUUGAGCCAAUAGAUAGCAGUGAUUCCAUUAGCAAUAGUGGAAGUCGUCCUGCACAGUAACCCUCCUCUCUCUUUUCUCUCUCACACCAGCCACAAAGGUUUUCAAAGGUAAGUGCAGUUACUUUGUUUGUUUUUCUUAUAUUUUGUAUUUUCUUUACUAUUUUAUAUUAUAUUACAGUAUUGUAAUAAUCUGUAUGUGAAUAUUUUGGGUUGUGGAAUGAAUCAUCUGAGUUUCCAUUUCUUAUGAGAAGUUCACUUUGAUAUAUAAGUGCUUGUGAUUUCAAGCAUGUUUCUGGAACGAAUUAUGCUUACAAACCAAGGUUUUACUGUAUGUAUAUAUAUAUAUAUGUAUACACACACACACACACGCACGCAAUAUAUAUACAGUAUAUAUAUACAGUGUGUAUAUAUAUAUAUAUAUACACAGUGUGUGUGUGUGUGUAUAUAUAUAUAUAUAUAUAUACACUAGUAUGUAACAUAUAUAUCCUAUUGUGUGUGUGCUAUAUAUAUUAUAUAAUGCUCUAUAUAUGAUAUAUAAUAAAAUAUUUCCUGGUAUACAUGUGCUAGAGAGAGAGGGAGAGAUGGAGGGAGAGAUUUUAAGGAAUUGGCUCAUGUGAUUGUGGAGGCUGGCAAGUUCAAAAUCUGCAAGAUAAGCAAGCAGACAGAAGACCUAGGGAAGAGUUGAUGCUGCAGUUCAAGACAAAAGUGGUGUGCUGACAGAAUUCAUUCUUGCAGGGGAGUGGUAUCCGUCUUCUUCUGUGAAAGCCUUCAACUGAUUAAAUGAGGCCCACCCACAGUAUGCAAGAAAAUCUGCUUUACUCAAAUCUCCUGAUUUAAAUGUUAAUCUCAUCUAAAGAUGCCUUUAUAGAAACAUCUAGAAUAAUGUUUGGCCAAAUAUCUGAGUGUAAUGACCUAGCAAAAUUGACUCAUAAAAAUAACUGUCACAGGUACAAGAUACAACUACAUACUCUCUCCUUAGAGUCAAAAAACAUUAACAUUUUGCCAUAAUGUUUGCUCUUUCUCCCACCUCUCUAUAUACACAGUUUUUAUCUAAAUCAUUUGAAAGUAAGUUUCAGGCAGUGUAUAUUUCACUCCUAAAUAUUUCAACAUUCAUUUCCAAAAAAAAAGGACAUUAUCCUACAUAAAUAUCAGAACAUUAGCAAUAAUUCCACAAUAUCAUCUAAUAUUUAAGCCAAGUUUAAAGUUCCACCAAUUGUCUUUAAAAUAACUUUAAACUAAUAUCCAAUCAAGGUUUACACAUUGCAUAUAUUUAUCAUGUUUCUUAAGUUCUUUUAAAACUUUUAAAGGAGAGGAGCACCUGGGUGGCUCAGUCAGUUAAGCGUCCGACUUCGGCUCAGGUCAUGAUCUCACGGUCUGUGAGUUCGAGCCCUGCGUUGGGUCUGUCGGGUUCUGUGCCGACAGCUCAGGGCCUGGAGCCUACUUCUGAUUCUGUGUCUCCCUCCCCUCAGCUCCUCCCCUGCUCACACUCUGUCUCUCUUUCAAAAAUAAAUAAAGAUUAAAAAAACAUUUUUUUUUCAAACUAAAAAAACUUUUAGAAUAUCCUUCACUCAUUUUUAUGACAUUGUAAUUUUGAGGAGUCUAGGGUAGUAAACACAUAGCAUGUCCCAUAUGUGGAAUAUGUGUUGUUAUUUUAUUAUGGUGUCAUUUCUGUAAGCUGGCUGGAACUUAGGGCUAAAGGUUUGAUUAGAUUCAAGUUAAACAUUUUUGGCAAGAAUAUCCUACAAGUGAUCUGUGUACUUCAUAUCAUAUAUAUAUGUAUGUAUAUAUAUGUGUUUGUGUGUAUAUAUAUAUGUAUGUAUAUGUAUAUACACAUAUAUAUGCACAUACACAUAUAUAUACACAUAUAUACACACAUAUAUAUGUGUGGUAGGCUGUAUAAGUCUCCACAGAUGUUUAUAUCCUAAUGCCUGGAAUCUGUGAAUAUGUUACCUUACAUGGCAAAAUGAUAGUUUGCAGAUACUGUUAAUGAUCUUGUGAUGGGGAGAGUAUCCUGGAUUCUCUGGGUGAGCCUGAUGUUAUCACAGGGGUCCUUAUAAAAGGGAAGUAGAUAGGUUAGAGUCACAGAGAAAGAGAUGCAAUAAUGGAAGCAGAGGUGGGAGUGAUGCGAGGCCGUGAGAGCCAAGGAAUGUAGACAGCAUCUAGAAACUAGAAAAGGCAAGAAACAGAUUUGCCCUAGAGUCUGCAGAAUGAAAACAGCCAUGCUGACCCAUUUUAGACUUCUGACCUCCAGAACUAUAAAACAAUAAAUCUGUGUUGUUUUAAGCCACUAAGAUUGUAGUAAUUUGUUAUGUCGGCAAGAGGAAAUUAAUAUACAAGAUGAUCCUUGCAUGAAUUUCUAUUACAGUUUGCAAAAUAAUGAUUCUCUAAUUCCAUAAUACCUUCUAUUGGCACUCUAUAAAACAGAGCCCCUUCCCUUCAAAGAAAUAAAUCACCGCAAACUCAUGAUUUUUAAUCAUCCAAUGUAAUAUCAAUUAUAGUUAAUGUUCUCUUGAUGCUUAACUAGUCCCCAUUUUGGCUAAUGGGAGCCCCUAUAAUUUGUUUACUGUGACAGGUUAAAGACUAUCAUCACCCUGUUUUUUAGUUUUUGAAUGCUUCUGCAUUUUUUAGCAUAACAAAAUGUCCCAGGAUCUUCAUAUCUAUUUCCUGCCUCAGACUUGAAAAAAAUCAAUGUUACCUCAAAGAAUCAUGAUUUCUUUUCAGAAUGAUUGCUAUAGAUUGAAUGUGUCCCUCUCAAAUUCAUAUGUUAAAAUCCCAACCCUCAAUAUCAUGUCAUUAGGAGAUGAAGCCUUUGGGAGGGAUUCAGUAAUGGGGGAAGAGACCUCAUGAGUGGAUUAAUGCACUCAAAAAAGAGACCCCAGAAAGCUCCCUAGCUCCUUUGCCAUGUGAGGACACAGUGAUAAGAUGGCCAUUUACAGUCCAGGAAGGGGAUUCUCACUGACACUGAAUCUGCUGUCACUUUGAUCUUGGACCUCCCACUCUCCAACUAUGAGAAAUAAAUGUUUGUUGUCUAAGCCACCCAGUCUAUGGUAUUUUUAUUACAGCAACCUGAAUGGACCAAAACAGGAUAAUGUUUAGAAACCAAGCUUUGGGUAUCUUGAAACAUUGAAUAUCUGCAAGAGAAUGCUCAUAUUUAUAUAUAUUUGCAAAUUUGGAUCAUUUAUCUAAAGUAACUUUGGGGCAGCUAAAUGUAGACUGUUUUCUUUUAUUUCUGUCAACAUUUAAAAUAAUUCCUUCCCUUUCACUCUCUAUGCCCUGGCCCAGAUUUACUUUGGUUUAUAGGACUUAUCAUAUCUGCCAUUGUAGUAUAUAUUACUUUGUUGAUUUAUUCCAUUGUCUGUCUUUCCAACUAAGGCAAGGACUUUGUCUAUCUUGUUCAUUGCUGUAUUUCCUGGGCCCAGAACAAUAUCCGGUACAUGGCAGACCUCAGGAAAUAUUAGUUGAAUGAAUAAAUCAAUGAGCAAGCCUCACUACUACUGAGUUUUCAUGCUCACAUGACAGGAACAUUUUCCCUCCUGCUUUUGAUUUGAUGCCCUAGCAAGGUGUAUGUAGUUUCUUUUAUUAUGUAUAAUCCCCUUCUCAAUGGGUAAAUGGUAUAAUUUGAUAGGUGAACUUGCUUUUACAGUCCUAUAAUAAAUGUCAUUUAUUCUAAAUACCACACGGUGGCGCUAAUUGUGUAUGGAAUCUAAAUGCCAGGAUGGGCAGUAAAUUUGAUAGGGUCUGAAGUCACUGAGCAAUGGGAAGAUGGCUUUGCUUACUGGCAGAUUUUUCGUAGAUGGAUAUGUUGUAGGAAACUGCUCAAUAAAAAGUUUAAUAGACAGAAUUUGUUGAUGUUAAAAGGGUUAAGUGCAUCAGUCAAAUCAGAGGGAACUUACCUACAUCUCUUCUCUGAUUGCUGGAACCACAGAUUUUAUCAUUGAGUUCUGCUGUGAUUACCCCCAUCCUCAGAAGGUUUUUUUCUGGAUGGUGUAGUAUAUCAGUUAGGAUAAUAUAGAUUAUGCAGUAACAAUCAAUCUCUAAAUCUCAGUGGAUUCAAACAAACAAACAAAAGGUAUAUUUUUUGUUCACACUACGUGUCCAGUAAGAGAUACUUGGGGGCUGUGCUCUGCAGUGGUAUCACCUGCCCUCCUGGACUCAGCUGAUGGUCAGCCUCUACUUGAUAUGAUGGUAAAUGAGACACUACCUCUGAAGGAUCUCACAUGAGCAAUUAGAUCCUAAACCUGGAAGUGAUACAGUUUAUUGGCCAGAACAUGACCCUUCUCAACUACAGAGGUCCCCCAAGUACAAUUCUAUCAUGUGGCUGGAAGAUUGAGAAGCAUUGGGUAAGCAGUAACAAUAGUUAGCACAUGUUGCAGGUAACUAUCUCUCUUGUUUUAAUUCUAAGAAUGGCUAUUGUAGAGCCAAUUAACUCAUACUAUUGCAUCAGAAAGAUC